AUGUCUUUUCGUCCAGCAAGCAUUGAGCUGUUUCCGGUUGCCAACAAUCGAAGGUCUAUCACGGCGGCUGCGAACACCAUCAGUCUAUCAUUCUCGCGCGAUCCUCUGAUCCAAUGGCUGCGUCCUAACAGUCAAGCAUGGGAAUGCCUUCACAAUCCGUCCAACAAAUGGCAGUAUCGACGUGUUCAACGAGCGUUAUAUGAAGGAAUAGUUUUGCAAUCUGCAUCGGUAUCGCAGCUGUUAAAAAGUGCAGCUACACCACUAAAGAAAGACGUCCAAAUAUCUCCCUCCGGUGUAGCUAAUACCAUACAAGGCGGGUAUAGUGUCAAUCACGGCAAUAUAUCUUUCACAGAAUCAGAGGACUCCGGUGCUGUUGUUAUCCUAUUCCCACCGAAGAAUCUACUUCGUUGGAAUCUGAGACGAAUUUUUUGGGCUUUCAAAAUUUGGUUUCUGGAUUUGUGGGACCCUGCUCGUGAUCCGGAGACUGAUGAGUUGCGCUUGGAAAAGCUACUUGCCGCUCACGAGACCGGGUUCCUGAAAUUACGAUCGCAACACAAGAGUUCUAAUUUGUGGUAUUUGGAGGUGAUCGGAAUACAUCCCUUUCUCCAAUCAUGUGGAUUGGGAAAACGGGUGAUGCAGCAGGUUUUCAAGUAUACGGAAAAUUCAUGUAUUGCCCUUGAGUGUACAAGAGAAAGCAACAUACCAUUCUACGAGAAGCUUGGGUUUCAGGUUGUUGAUGAGGUGAAAUUGACUUGUAGCAGUCAAGCAACAUCCGAGGAGAGUGAUACGGUGAAGUACUGGCUUAUGAUCAAAGAUUGA